CAGGUUAUUCUUGCAUUUCUGUUUGCUUUCGAAGUAAACACCCUAGGUCUGGUCUUUAAUAGAGGUUCUUGCUCCAACGGGAUUGGUCGUUAUUUGGAGAUAAAAAAAUGUAAUGGAACGUCGUGUUCUGCAGGAAUCUCCGGACGAAGCUGUAAUCCCUCAAAAACAAGUAGGUUGUUUUUUAUACCCCGUGUUUUUUCUCUCAGUUUUUAAGUUACUUCAAAAUUUGUGAGCACUGAAUCGAAAAAAAAAAGGUGUGAUCAUUAAAUAUAGUGCAGUGUAUUCGAAUUUUUUUGUGAUAUUUGUAUGUACUGCUGUUAAAUGACCAAUGUUUCUGACACCCACAUUUUUAUAAAAGCGGCGGUAAUCCGUUUUUCGGCUUUCUAAAGAGAGUCUGAAAUGUUAUACAUCUCUUCACAUCAUCCCUAAAUGGGCGGCAGGGCGAGAGAAUAAGAAGAGAAGAAUAAGAAUGGCAAGUAGAAAGUAAACAGAUCUAAUUGGUAGAUACUUUAGAUAACCUUAUUUACAAACGUUCAAAAGAAUGGUAUAAACUUCGAAGGUAUCCUAGCUUCUUGCAUGAUACAACUUGAUCAUAGCGGCACAAAAAUAGACUUAGUUGCGAGUUUAUAGAUGUCAGUGAGCCGGACAUUGCUUAUUGUACUAAGAAAAUGUUUGCGAUUUUUCGCUUUUUUCAUCUCCAUUCAGUUUUUGUAGGUCAGUUCACCUUGUUGGAGACAUACAUUGUUAGGCGACCGGUCGGUCAAAUAUUAGGGACUUUAAGAUCCAACGACGCGACGGCGACAAGAACGUCGCUUAAAAAGUGAAUUUGCGUUCUUUCAGUCUCUAUAUUGAUUAUUCCUACCCACUUACUUUGUCAAUUGUAGGCGAACCCUCCUGACGCUGAAUUUCAAGAGACCAUAUUCAAGCUCAGAAAGAGAAAUAAAAUUUCGUCGUUGCUUGUUUACGUCCUCCAUAAAACGGGAAAUUAGGCAUUUUCACGUCGUAGUCGUGCAAAAACGGGAAAGAAAUGUACAAAAAAUUGUGAUGCACGUGCGAAGUCGUUGUUUUGCUAAUUAAACCUAUUGUUUUUUUGACGUUCUUGUUGUCGUCCGCGUCGUUGGAUCUUAAAGUCCCUAUUAUUCCCUCACCAAACUGAAAUAACUCCGUGUUUGAGUGUGCAUCUUGGUUGACCGUGAUCGAAGCUUUUGGCAUAAUAAAAAGUGUGAUGCACAGGCGAAUACGACGUAAUUCAUAAUAUAUAUAUAUAUAUAUAUAUAUAUAUAUAUAUAUAUAUAUAUAUAUAUAUUUAUAUAUAUAUAUAUAUAUAUAUAUAUAUAUAUAUAUAUAUAUAUAUAUAUAUAUAUAUAUAUAUAUAUAUAUAUAUAUAUAUAUAUAUAUAUAUAUAUAUAUAUAUAUAUAUAUAUUUUAACUUUACUACUUUAUUACUAUUCUUUGAUUUCUAUUUUUCCAGGUUUCAAUAUUAUAAACGCUCCUGCUACUGGAGGAACGACUCGGAAGUGUAUUCAAUUUACUAGUAAUAGUGUUAGUUACGCCCUCAAAGUCAUUGGAACUAAUCCUCCUACUCUACAGUUCAUGGUGAGUGCACAGUCCAUUCAUGCAUGGGAGCUUAAACUCAUAAUACGGCCGGAAUUUUAUUCGAAAGUGGACUCAGAUCUGUAACAGUUAACAUUAAGUGGACUAACGUUUACGCAGCAGUGUGUAAUCAAAGGGUGGGCGAGAAUUCAACGGAAUUUUUCACUUUUAUUUAUAUAUUUCUAUUGUGGGUCCAUAGACUAAAAAGUAUUCUGCCAGAGAUCGUCCUCGUACUAUCCAGAAAUCAUUUUCUUUCGCUUUAGCGAAUGAUUAAAUGAGUUUAAAAGGUUGAAAAGCAUUGGAAAGCACUUUCCAUAAGCUAUAUAUGAAACCAUUAUAUAAAAUGCUAGAAUUAUAGAGUGUAUAUCAACUGUACGUCAAAGAAAUACAUUGUAUAAUAAUUCUCAACUUAGACGGACUUAUUAGCAACGUUCAUUAUGUCAACUUUAAGUCUUUUUAUUUCAACCUAGAGAUUCUUAGACCAUAGAACCAAACGUAAGUCAGCUUACUACUAA